UGUUUAUAUAUUCCUCGUUUUGCACACAUGCUUGAGUUUGGGGAUAAGAACCACGAGGUGUCCAUGACAGCUCUCCGGCUGUUGCAGAGAAUGAAGCGGGACUGGAUGCACACCGGCCGCCGGCCCUCUGGGCUCUGUGGGGCAGCUCUGCUGGUGGCAGCAAGAAUGCAUGAUUUCCGACGUACUGUUAAAGAGGUCAUCAGGGUGGUCAAGGUUUGUGAGUCUACAUUAAGGAAAAGGUUGACAGAGUUUGAAGAUACACCGACAAGUCAGCUAACCAUAGAUGAGUUUAUGAGGAUUGAUUUGGAAGAAGAAUGUGAUCCUCCCUCGUUUACAGCUGGUCAAAAGAAACUGAAGAUACAGCAGCUUGAGAAGGUGUUAUCAAAAAAGCUGGAAGAUUUUGAAGGUGAAAUAUCGAGCUAUCAAGAUGAAAUAGAGAUUGAAUUAGAAAACACUAGACCAAAAGCAAAAGGCGUAUUUGCAAAUUUCACUAAAGAUGGUUCUAUAGAAGAUAAUACCUCUAGCAUACUUGGAGAAGAGGAGGCAGAAGAUGAGGAACUGGAAGCAGCUGCCAAUCACUUAAACAAGGACUUUUAUAAUGAACUUCAUGAGAAGGAUAGAGACAAACAGAAUGAAGAUGGGGAAGGUAAAAAUAGACAUGAAGCUGUUGUGAGACCACCCGCACUGGAAUCCUUGCUUGGUCCACUCCCCACUGCAGCCAGUCUCGGCAUCACAGAGUCCAUCAAAGAGUGCAUAUCCACUAAGGAUGGAGAGCCUGGUGAGAACACAGGAGAUGGUGAAUUAGAUCUGAGUGGGAUCGACGACAGUGAAAUAGAUCGGUAUAUACUUAACGAAGCAGAAGCUCAGAUAAAAGCAGAACUGUGGAUGAAAGAAAACGCAGAUUAUUUGAAAGAGCAAAAAGAAAAGGAAGCAAGAAUAGCAAAAGAGAAAGAACUUGGGAUUUAUAAGGAACACAAGCCAAAGAAAUCUGCAAAGAAGCGGGAGCCAAUACAAGCCAGCACAGCAGGAGAGGCAAUUGAAAAGAUGUUAGAACAGAAGAAAAUCUCAAGUAAAAUUAAUUAUAAUGUGCUAAGGGACCUGAACAGCAAAGGAAGUAACACACCAAAGAAAGAGGAUGACAGCACUGAUGACAGCACCAACACCAAGAAGCUGUCAAGAAGAAAAUCUAUUGCCAGUAGGAAUAUAGCCAACCCUGUAAACAGUGUGGGAAAAAGGAGUGAUUUAUCAGGAGGCAGCAGCCCGCUCCGGCUCCGGAGCCUUCACCCGCUGGCACCAACAAUGCGGCCCCGGCUGCGGGUCAGGCUGGCCAUCUCCAACCCUGCCUUGGAAAAACAAAGCCCCGACAUGAUGGAUGGGAAACCCGACUCCGAGAUUCGGUUGCCCAAACUUGUUUUGGAAGACCUGCUGGUGUUAAUGGAUCAACGUUUUUCAG